AUGACGGAAUCGCCGAUACCAUCAGUCAGCAACGCUCAGAUCCAGACGCAAGAUGAGAGGAGCGAAAAAGCGGAAAGGGCUAUUCUUCUGCAAAUUCAGGAGAUCAACGGGCAAGUGGCCCAGUACCGUGAUCUGCUGUUAAGCAUCGGGAAACCGCGGGACUGUCCGGAACUGCGUGAGAAAAUUCGGCGAGCACGACGGAACUGUGUAGAAACGUGUAAAAACACGUCCCAGCUUUUACUGCCACAAGUAGGAAAGACUACUGACAUCGGUAUACCCGUAGACUGCCCGAAUUUAAUGCUGCUAUUCUACGUUUCCCAAUUGUUCCUACGCGAACUGUUCAAAAGUGAGCGUCUGAUUCGCAGUGUUCCGAUGGACAUGAGCGAGUACGAAACUCGAACCGGCCCAUCAAACAUCGGCAACGUGAUCUCGCAGAUACUUCUGUGCAAACAGAUCACCCCGAACUUCUACGAGGAGGAGUUGGGCAGCAUCAGAAAAGAUUCGGAGGAAAUUCGAGAAUUGAUCAACGAGCUGCAAGAGUUCAUGCCCCAAUCGGACGGCGAUAUAGAAAAGUACCAGGCUCUGCAUCACAGCGGAAACAGAGGAAAUCGUGGGAACGGAAAACGAGUUCAAAGAAACCGAUGGAAUCACAUCAAUGAUAGAUCUAAUAGAUCAGUUAGACAAUCGUCCUACUUGCACGAAGCUCUGAAUCUUUUCUGUUGCACCGCGAGGGCCAAUUACGUUUAACUUAACGCUGGAAGGAGCAAAAAUUUCGUUCGCUUACGUGUUUAUCGUUAACGAAAAAAAUAUGGAUCCUUUGAACCUUCUGGUGUUAAUCGAUUUCAUUUCGUCGGCAUUCUAAGAGACUGCCAGCGUUUCGCUUUCGAGUAAGUCUGAGUUGAUCACUGAGUUGUUCAACAAGCAUUCUUCUUAUCGUUCUACACACCGGGCCAAUUUUAACCCAUAGACUGGCUGAAGUUACCAAUCGAUUUGGUUCUUGCCACCAGUUCGUAAGUGAAACAGUAACCGAAUAACCGAGAUAUAAUUUGAAUAAUAGUUGUGGUAACAAUGGUUUAUUUGAAUAAUAGAAACUCGUGUUUCCAGACAAAUGGAUAGGAGCACGAAAUCUGACUAUUAUGUUUCGUGAUGUACACGAAUGUACGUAUAAUUAAACACUCAGCGAUGGUGUUGAUAACAAAAAUUUAAUAAAAGUUUCGAUCAUUCGUUUUACGAAAGUUUCAUUUGACUAAACGAAGUCAUCGCCGGUCUAAGGAUUAAAUGUCCGUGAAGAAUCUUGGAUUCGACUAGUCUGGUAGACGAUAAGAACCUGAUACAAGCUUUAUUUAGUUAAUAAGAUACAGAUCUAUAAAUAUAGAUAUACAUAUACAUAUUCUGCGAAGAUAUUUUUUUAAAGGAGCUUCAUUUACAGAGGAAUCGUUUGAAGUUGAGUAUGAACCGAAUUAAUAAUACGAUCAUAAUCGUAUCGAUGAUCGACCAAUCAGUUUCGUGGAAAAAUAGAUGUUAAAUGUAUAUCGCUCUUUGAUCUGCACCGAUUAUCAAUCAAUGGUAUUUAAUGGAUAAAAAUAUCAAAAUUGCAAAAAAAAAAAAAAAAAAAACAGCCCCCCUUCUAAAUGUUGUGCGAUCUGAUCGCGUACUAACACGAUCAUACCUACGCGUGUUCUUAUAUAGCAUCUACCGAGGCACGAAUUUUUCCGAACGUGUACUCGUGACUAUUCGUGUCCUACCCCGCGAUAUUUGAAUUCGAUUAAUAAAAUCUCUGUGGAAAAUGAUGGGUACAGAUGAAGAACGAGCAUAAAUAUUUUGCCGACAGUGUACAUUGUACAGAAAGCUAGAGAAAUGCGUCAACUCGGAAAGUAGAAAGAGAAAUGCCGAUCAAAUUAGACGUUAAUGAAUCCAAUAGAGGACCAAAUUGAACCACGCGCCGCUCGUUUGCGAUAAAACUGACGCGAGAGAAUUAUUUUAACUAUGAAAUUUUCAUGUUAAUUAAAGCUUGACAGAAAUAUCCUUUGUUACUAUUGUUAUAUUAUCGUUCACGUGUUAAUUAACAAAGAGAAGUAAUUAUAAAAGUCACUCUUAUGGUAAACGAGCAAUGCGCAUAUAUACACGGUUUGUUUUAAUGUUAAAUACAUAUAUUAUUGUAUGAAUGUUUUGAAGAAAAAAAGAUAUACAUAUGAAUGUAUUCACAUAAAUGUAUAUGGUGUUAGUUUUAUGACCAUGCAUAACACUAAUACUGAUAAAAUACUAAUUCUGGUUACUAACCUAUUAUUCAUGAUAUUCAACAAUAAAUCUGGUACACAUUUGUGCGUCCACAGAUACAACAAAAUGGUUAGCUUCUUAAAUUACGUAGUAUUGGUAUUUACAUUAUAUUAAUGUUAAAUAGAAUGAAAGAAGUAAAUUAAUUAAUUAUAAAAUAAUUAACGACCAAAAAAUGAGAAAAAAGCAAAAAGUAUAACUUUGUGAAAUUUCUUCGUGGUAAUAAUUUUGUGUAUGUUGCGUUCAAUUUAUUUGUCGUAUUGAAUAGAACGAUUCAAAGAUAAAUCAAAUGUAAUGAAUAAAUAAUAGAAGAGAUAUCUGUAAAACUGUCAGCUGUGUCACAUUAAACAAGGACGGAUAACAGGAAA